UUCUGUGAUGCCGAAAUGAUUGCGAGGGACACACUUCAGUAGCUUCGUAAAUGCAAAUGAUUAAAUUCAUUGAACUUAAGUAUUGCGUGUUGGGCAUGUAUAGCCUACAUUAUAUUUUGAGAAACCAACUUUGAACAUGGAGACAGGUGUGGGAAUGAAACUCUUUGCCGUUUUAACAUGUUUUAAUUUGUUUGUUGCGAUACAAGCGCAAGAUCCAACAGUAACCGUAGCAGAAGGAACCCUCGUCGGGAAAACCGUUCAGUUUAUCGAAAGUCAAUUUAUCAACGUUAGUAAAAAUGUUGAUGUAUUUCUGGGAGUGCCUUACGCAGAUCCACCCCGACGUUUUAAACCAACCACGGCCAAGCAGCAAUGGGAUGACUCUCUAAACGUGAAGGAGUUCAAACCAGCGUGUAAACAGGAGCAACACUUUCUUCCACGUGGAGAACCAGUGGAUGAAGAUUGUCUUUACCUCAACAUCUAUGCCCCAAGUCCAAAGCCCACUAAUGCAGCGGUUAUGGUGUGGAUCCAUGGAGGAGGUUUUAUUUCUGGGACAGCUAUGACAUACUCAUACUACGGCGUGCCAUUGGUUGCGGUAGGUGACGUCAUCGUCGUGGCAAUAAAUUAUCGUCUGGGCGCCUUCGGCAAGUUCACCACAAAGGAUGAUGAGGCUCCAGGAAAUGUGGGUAUGCUAGAUCAAGUUGCUGCUAUCCAGUGGAUCCAUGACAAUAUCGGAGCUUUCGGGGGUGACAACAGUAGGAUCACGCUGUUUGGAGAGAGUGCAGGAGCAGUAUCCGUCGAAUUUCACACACUUUCAAAACUUAGCGAAGGGUUGUUCAAACAGAUAAUAACACAGAGCGGUACGACCCUUCCCUUCUUUGCAUUUGACGUGAGAACAAAUGAAGAAGAGGUAAAAAACGCUUAUGAUUUUGGAGCUGCUUUAGGGUGUACUGGCUCGAAUUCUUCAGAUCUUCUUGCUUGUUUGGAAGGGAAGACUUCGGAUGAAAUCCUGUAUGCAGGGGCGGUUUUGUACGCAUACUCUGCUAUAUCAGUGGAUGGCUAUUUUCUUGAGGAUACACCGACCAAUCUGUACAAGAAAGGUGACUUCAAGAGGUGUCCAAUGUUGACAGGAGUCAACAAGGACGAAGGAACCUUAUACCUUCCUCCACUUCCUCCGAGCGGUUACAACGACCUCGGAAGGCCACUUCUUCCGCAUUUAGACCAGCCAACCGUCAGAGAGUACAUCAGGGCAGGUUUACUUAUCAGUGGUCUCGAGGACGAUAUUUUUGUCGACGCCGUUCUGCAGGAAUACAUGGAUUGGUCUGUCGCAGACGAUCCUUCUGCAAAUGUGGUUUCAACCUUCCUAGAGUACGCUGGAGACUCUGACUUUGUAUGUCCAACAGAUUUUGUUUCCAGGGUCCAUGCCCGUGAGGGCGACCAAGUAUUCAAAUAUUUCAUGGCUCAUGUACCGUCAAGGAGUACUUUUGAUGGUUUUCAAGGCAUUCAUUGGUAUGCAGCUGGUCACGCAGAGGAUUUAGCUUUUGUCUUUGGGCAUCCUUUCAUCAAUCAGCUUGAAGAUAUAGGACAGACUCAUCUGCUCACGGAUCAAGAAAAGGGGCUUUCAGUGAAAGUCAUGACAUUUUGGACCAACUUCGCCAAAUCAGGUGAUCCGAGCAAGUCGAGUCAAGACGCAGACCCUGGUGAAGGAGAGAGCUACUGGCCACAAUUUACUGUCCCUGAGUUAUACCACAAAGUAAUAUCCCUCGAUCUGGAGGUUGAGAGGGCACUCAAGGCCAGGGAAUGCCACUUCUGGAACGUUUUCUUCCCCGAACUUCAGGAAUUUGUUGCAUCUCUGCCAGCAAAUGGGGAUGAGGCGUUGGCGAAAUGGCAGAAUAGUUUCAACGAGUGGAAAGGGAUCCUGAAUGAUUGGGAAACAUCGUAUGAAAAAUAUAAAAAGUCACCAACCUGUCCAUGAGGUCGACCAUCGACAGAAGCAAGUAUAGGCAUCAGUCAGAUGGGGCGAUAUUUUAUCUCAAUAUAUACUACCAAACUAGUCUGAUGAGUUUAUUAUAUUAUUGCUCCUGAUCAUGGUAUUACUAGAGAUUCGAGUUCCGGGUUAGUAUUCAGCCCACAUUAUGGCUA